UGCACCUACCGGUUCGAUGAUUUAUGCAGUAUCAGUAUGUUAUUAGCCGGUUCUAAACGGCACAGCUAACUUCAUAUUCUGGAUGUUUCGUGUGUUUGACGCUCAUGCGGUAUACUGUCCCAAUUUUCAUAACCUACCAGACCAACCUGUGCAAUGGUUUGUGACAGUGGUAUUCUUGCGUUUUUAUAAGCGUUUCCGCCGGGCUCAUGUCGCUCUUCUUUCUGAGGUGAACUUUGCUAGCAAGACGCUAACAAUUACAGUAGCUCGGCUGUAAGCGGCAUUAGCAGUACGCAUACCUACCUACGGAGUGUCCCCAUAGGAGGGAAGUUCUCUUGUGUGGAGUAACGUUUAAUUCACAAUUUUGUGCGACAGUUUAUUAACAAUUUAAGGAUCCCGAUAAAGCUACUGUAACACUGACGUUAUUUAAUUAGCCUUGCCAGAUAGUUCGUUAUUAUUACUGGCAAACUGAAUGUUGAAACUUUGCCUCUCAGAAAACGUUCUCAGGUAGUCAUUAAAAAUACAAAACAUGGAUUUUUUGUCACUAGCAUGGGGGAUCAUCACUUUCACCGAUCCCUAACCCCUAAAAACCAGUAACCUUGGUCUGAAUCAAUGAGCUUUAAGCCGACAGUAUCAACAGAGAAACUGGGCUCCAGCUCAGCAUCCAGUUCAAAGAUGGAGUUAUCAGCGGCUCACCCAGCUCUCAAAGCCUUCAUGUGUGGCUCUCUGAGCGGCACCUGCUCUACGCUGCUCUUCCAGCCUUUGGAUCUGGUAAAGACACGGCUGCAGACCCUGCAGAACAAUGCUAAACCGGGUGCACCAAAGGUGGGGAUGUUUACCGUUUUCGUCAAUGUUAUAAGGACAGAGAAGUUCUUCAGUCUGUGGAAAGGAGUUUCACCAUCAUUCGUGCGCUGCAUCCCCGGUGUCGGCAUCUACUUCAGCACCUUUUACUCCCUGAAGCAGCACUUCUUCCAGGACCGGGCACCGAAUGCUGGUGAGGCGGUUCUGCUUGGAGCAGGGGCCAGAACUGUGGCCGGUGUCUGCAUGCUGCCGUUCACCGUCAUCAAGACGCGCUUCGAGAGUGGGUGUUACAACUAUGUGAGUGUGGCCGGCGCUGUCAGGAGCAUGUAUGAGACGGAGGGAAUCCGGGCUCUGUUCUCCGGUCUGACCGCCACGCUGCUCCGAGAUGCCCCCUUCUCUGGCAUCUACGUCAUGUUCUACAGCCAGGCCAAGAGAGCACUGCCUCAAGAGGUAACUUCAGCGCCCUACGCUCCGCUGGUGAACUUCAGCUGUGGGGUUCUGGCAGGUGUCAUGGCGUCAGUGGCCACACAGCCUGCAGAUGUGGUGAAGACCCACAUUCAAAUCAGCCCGUCCCACUGGAGCACCGCAGAUGCUGUGUUCUACAUCUAUAAGGAACACGGUUUGGGUGGUUUCUUCCGUGGAGCAGUGCCCCGGUCUCUUCGCCGCACUCUGAUGGCUGCUAUGGCUUGGACUGUAUAUGAACAGCUGAUGGCUCGCAUGGGCCUCAAAUCCUGAAGAGAAAUGGUGUGAUGCCACAAAAAAAAGAAAAAGGCGUGAAAUGUGGUGGGAUAAUGAUAUAAUGUUUUGCACUGACAGCUAAAAGAAAAGGGAGCUAAGGAGCUUAUAAAGACAGCAAAGCAGCCGCUACCAAGACUUUGAGCAGAGGAACCAGGUGGAUUAAUGUCUGUGGAGAAGAGAGAGAGAGAGUGUGUGUUAUUUAAAUAUUCUAAAUGUGUGUUAUUAAUGAGAUUGUGAUGUUACACCUGACACUUUGUUAUGCCAGUCCUGGGCUGUAGUGAUUCUCCCUGCUGUGAAGUGAACUUAUCCCUUACUGUGCAUGUGUAAGCACUCAAAACAAGGACCAGCGACUCUUCGGGGUCCAACAGUUCGCUUUGAGAAGGUCUUUGAAAAAACUGCGAAGACAAGCUGAGGUGAAGCACAUCAGCUGAGGGAACUAAAAUAGAAAAUUAGUUCAGAAAGGUGCUCUGGCUUCUGCCAUGUUCAUGAAACUUGCAUAAGAUUGAGCAAUGUUUUUGACUUUCUGACUGCUGCUGAUUGAAAAGCUGAGAAGCUUAUUUCAGACAAUCACAAGAACUCACACAGUGGCAAAAAAAUCACUCCACUUUAUAAACACCUCUGGGGCUUUUAGACUCUGUUUAAUUAAACCAGAUGUGCUUUAAAAAAAUGAAAACCCAUAAAAGUCACAUUUGUAGCUAAAAUAAAUUCACGUGUCAUAAAUUUGCUGAAUUUUAUGAGUUGAAUAAUUUAAUAUUUGAUUAUGGAUUUUAAGAAUGGAUCUGAUUUUAUUUAUAGUGUGCACACAGAGUCUGCAGCAUUAUUCAGUUUCUGCUGUAGAAGUAACAUGCAAAAAAACAAAACAACAACAAAUGACAGGUGGUAAGCAGAAAAAAAUCCAUGGUGGGUAUUAUUUGAUUAUUUUUAUAAGAAAUGCAGGAUGUAAACUAAAUGGUUUUGUGUUGACAAGGAGGCAGAACAUUGAGCUAAAAUAAGCACUUUUUUGCUACGUUUUAAGUAAAUACUUUGAAUACAGAAACUAAAAAUGUUUAGAAUAUUUUAAAUUUUUGGUUAAGUCAUUCAGUUUCUUCCUGUAAUUAAGUUUGCAGUGGUAGCAUAGCUUAAUCUUUAUGUAAAUAUGUUUAUGAAGGAUUUACAGAGGCCAUAUUGGUGGUGAAGCUGUGGAUUUUGUCUCUUUGCAGCCUUUAUGUGGAUGUGUUAACAUGUGACCUAAUACAAAGUCAUCAGUGUUCACAAAAAAGGCCAAAUUGGAGCACAUGUUUCCAUGUUUUAUUUAUUGUUGUUGAUCUAAAAAACAGGGUAAAUUUGAAAUAGUUAAUAUGUGUAGGUGUUGCCAAAUAAAACAUAAGUAGAGAAAAAUUUUUUUUGUUUGUUGGCAAACUAAUGAUGAAGGUUUGAGUGCAGGUUGAGGCGUCACCGACUCAGAACAAAGGGGUGUGAGGCUGAGCGGACAUUGCUGCUGUGUGUGUGUGUGUGUGUGACAAGACAUUUUAAAAGCCUCUGUGUUGCUGUGUAACACAAUCUUUGUAUUUGUGCCAUUAUUCACACCUCUAAGUUUUCCCCUGUUUCUUAGUUCUGCUGUGACUUGUGUUGCAAACAGUCAUUAAAUGUAGGUAUUUUGUUGGGUUGCCCGACAGUGCCUGAUUUUUGUUUUUUUAUUAAGUCAAUAAAUGUUCUUUUCCCAACGAAAGU